AUGGCCCAUGAUAGGGAUGAUCUUUCGGUGCUUGUACACGCAACGACAUGGGCACAACUCUUCGUGUCGACCAUCUUCAUGGGACUCCGAGGCUACAGCCGACUUCGAAAAGUCGGUGUCGGACUCCAGGCGGACGACUGGAUUCUCCUCGCCGGGUGGACCUUUCUUCUCCUGGCCUCGGCCUGCUUGUCUUGGCUAAUGGUGGUCUUCUUGAUCCCAGGCAGCUUGACAAAGAUCACUGUCGCUCGAACCCAUCACAAUCUGCAGUCUCUCGCCCUGGGACUGACCAAGACGUCUUUUGGAAUCACGCUGUUGCGUUUGAUGCCCGGGGGCUGGGAGGCAAAACUCAUCUGGGGGCUUAUCAUCUCCAUGAACCUGCAGUUCGCCGUGCACAUGAUCGCUACAUGGCAGGCCAUCUGUGGUGCUCCCGACCAGGGACAUAUCGGAGGGGAUAACUGCUGGAAAUUGAGCCAGUCUGUCACUUUUACCGUCUUUAGCGCUCCCCUCGCGUUGAGCAUGGGUGUCCUCGCUGGGAUCACGGGCGUGAUGAAAGCCGUCCAGGGGUAUAUGCUGAUCGACGUGCGAUCUCCCGACUACCUGAAUACCCAAGCGGUCUACUGGAUAUGGUCCAUGGCCGAGCCCAAAGUCACCAUCGUUUCCGCGUCCAUCCCCGUCCUCCGUGGCUUCAUCCGCAACGUCCGAACGCGCACCGAUUCGACGCCGAGAGCUGGUACAUAUCUCAAGACGGGCGACAACAGCACUGGGAGAUUCUAUAACCGCACCGUCACGGCAGGGCGAGCCCACCCGGAAGACCAAGACGGCGCAAGCGACAGCAGCAUUCUGGGACGGAGCCCUCAGGAUGGAGAUGGCGGCAGCGGAGGGGGCAUCACUUGGACAACUGAAAUUAGCGUCGAGUAUGAGCCCAGGCCUCAGGCAGAGAAUGCGACGAAGGAUGUGCGCGGGAAUGUAGAAGUGAUUGAGAUGGAUAAUAUUUGCCGAUGA